AUGGCAAACACCAGCGCGGAUCACCCUUCGGCGGUGAGACCGAAACCUCUUUCCCCUCGAAUACCCUCCCUCCUCCAGAGACAGCCGUCGCAGCAGGAACUGGAGAUUGCCCAACAUCUCGUCGAGCACUCCAAGGGCACCCAGCCGCCGGCGCAUCCUCAGGAUGUCGGUAUUUCGAGCCAUGCGACACAUGACACGCCGCAGGUAGCCCGUCAGCAGGGCAGUGGCGUGUUGCACAGUGCGGAUGAUGCCUCGCAGCAAGAUUCACGCGCAUCUCCAGCGCCGUCCUCGAUAUCAGCGGCGGCGAGCUCACGACGGUCACCCAUGAUGACAAGUCUUCCACCAGGAGGACAGCAGUGCAGUAACUGUGGAACUACAAAGACGCCUUUGUGGAGGAGGUCGCCCGCAGGUGCGGUUAUCUGCAACGCCUGCGGGCUAUACUACAAGGCACGCAAUCAGAUGCGACCUGUAGGUCUGAAACGAGGAGCCCACUCCGGCAGUCAACCACCAGAAGGCCAGGCCCACGAUAGACAGACCUCGCCGACGUCGAUCCAGGGCGGUGCUACUUACGUGUCGGCGGAUCAGAGUGUGAACGGUACUUGUCCAGGUGGAGGGCGAUGCAACGGGACGGGUGGUCAGGAGGCUUGUAAUGGGUGUCCUGCAUAUAACAACCGAAUAUCGAAGACGGCGUCAGUCGCGUUGCGGCAGGGAAGUACGGAUCCAGGAGAAACGAACACGUUGCAGAGGUAUGCCCCGCCCACCCAGACGGCUACGAAUGUCGUCGUCGCGUGCCAGAAUUGUGGCACAACCAUCACGCCGCUGUGGAGACGAGAUGAAGCCGGACAUACCAUCUGCAACGCCUGUGGUCUAUACCACAAACUCCACGGCUCCCAUCGACCCGUGCAAAUGAAGAAGGCUGAGAUCAAGCGUCGGAAACGCGUCGUUCCUGCGGCCACCUCGCAUUUCGAAGGAAGUCCUUAUCCCAGCGACGCGAUGAGCGAUGGGUCAGGCCACUCAGAGCACCGCGCGUCGGUACCAUCGUCGAUGGCCGCAACACCUCUACAGCCACCCGAGGACAGUCCCUUCAUACGCCAAGCCGAGGAGGCGAGACAGUCCGGACCCAUUCCCAUCAACUUCACCGACGCGUUCCGACAUCAGCCCAGCGACAGCAGGAAACGAUCAUUCUCCGUAAGUGCUCGACACGAUGAUUCCACCCCUCAACGCUUGUCCACGUCACCGAAUACGGAAAACAUUGAUCCCGGCCUACCUCAUCGCGGAUCAGGAGCCAGUGAUUCUAAGGAGAGUCGACGGCUGGAGUUGCGACGCGAGGCGGAGAGGAUGCGGCAGUUGCUUCUGGAGAAGGAACGUGAGAUUGCGGAGUUGGGGGAGGAGGGGUGA